UCCAGCUAUGGGUGGAGCGGAUGCAUGCAGAGAAGGACAAUCCAGUAUUAUUUUUCAAGCACCAGGGCCAGCCAGACAAAGCCGACAUUCUUGACCGACCACCUCACGACCUUCUUGAUGAAAAGGAUUUCAUGCUGGCCAUUAUGACGGAGCCCCAGCAAGAGCUGUUUAAGAAGCUCGGCACUGACCGUGUCUGCAUAGAUGGCACCCAUGGAACAACAGGCUUUGACUUCCAACUCGUCACAGUCCUUGUCGUGGAUGAAUUUGGCACGGGAUUUCCCGUAGCUUAUUGCAUCACCAACCGCACAGACCGAAAGGCCAUGGCAACAUUUUUCGCAUCGAUCAUGUCUAAAACUGGGCAAAUAGCAGCAAACGUUUUCAUGACAGAUGAUGCUCCCUCAUUCUACAAUGCCUGGACUGAAGUAAUGGGACCGCCUCAACAUCGGCUGUUGUGUGCGUGGCACGUUGACAAAAACUGGCGUGAGAGUGCCAACAAGUACAUCCAAGACAAAACCCUGAGGGCUUUCACCUACAAGAUUCUUCGAACAGUGAUGGACGCUCCUGACGCAGCGUCAUUGAAGAACCGUCUCCUCUCUACGAGUGGUGUCAUAGAGAAGGGGCAACAGAGCCAGGCCUGCUCAGAUUUAAAGAAUAUUUUGAAAGUAACUACGGAAAUCGCACAGAGGUUUGGGCAGCCUGUUUUCGCGCAACUACUGGAAUUAAUACAAACAUGAGACUUGAGGCAUUACAUAGGGUGAUAAAGUACUGCUAUUUACAUGGAAAGACUAACAAGAGAGUCGACAAAUUGAUAUCGGCACUCCUAAAACUCACUAGAAACAAAGUUUUU